AUAUAUCUAUUGCAAAUUCAUAUCGCUAUGAAUAACUAUGACUACUGUUACUACUGGCGAGCUCUUAGAGCUUGCUGAAAAGAAUGUGAAACUGGCAGUUGUGGAGGAUAUGGCUGAACAAUUUGAAGAGGCCUAUAAGCUUUAUAUGAAGGCAUUAGAGUAUGCGGGCACUUAUCUCUUCUAUGAGAACAAUCCAUGGCUUAAGAAGCAGAAUAGGCAGUCAUUUUUGGGCCAUUAUAGAAGGGCAACAAAAAUUAGAGGCCGUCAUCACUUACAUGGACCCUCUUUAUCUAAUAGAGCAGAAAGCGGGCUUGGUCUUACAGAGUCGAAUGCGAAGUUGAGUGAUGUGGGCGGACUUCAGGCUUGCAAAGAGGUAUUGGUUGAAGCUGCCAUAGUGCCUAUCCAGAAUCCUCAAUUUUUUACUGGAAAACGACAACCGUGGAAGGCUAUAUUACUAUAUGGUCCACCUGGAACAGGGAAGACCUAUCUAGCAAAUGCAAUUGCAACAGAAACAGGGUCAACUUUCUUUAGUGUUUCCGCAUCGGACAUUGUUUCCAAAUGGAAGGGAGGAGAAAGUGAAAAGCAAGUCUCAAUUCUUUUCCAACGGGCCCGUGAUGCUGCUCCAUCCAUUAUUUUUAUUGAUGAAAUUGAUUCCUUAUGUGGUUCACGAGGUGAGAACAAUGAGAAUGAAGCAUCUCGACGAAUCAAAACAGAACUUCUUGUAAAAAUGCAGGGUGUAUGCAACGAUGAGACAAAUGUUCUGGUUCUUGCAGCCACAAAUACUCCUUAUGCUUUGGAUCAGGCCAUGAGGAGGCGUUUUGACAAGCGAAUCUAUGUCCCUCUCCCAGAUUUGAAAGCAAGGAAACACAUAUUUAAGGUACUUCAAUUUUCAUAAUGCAAUGCAUUUGGA